AUGGAAAAUAUUGUUGUUACAAAUAAUGAAUUGUUGGAAGAAAUAAGAAAACUAAACAGCGAUCUAAAGAAUUUGAUUAGUGCUUCAGAAGUAAGAUUAACUCUACAAAUUGAAGAAAUACAACGCAAAGUAAAAUAUUUAGAAAAAGAAAAUGAAUACUUAAAGAAAAAAAUAGAAAUCACUGAAAAAUAUAAAAGACAAAAUAACAUAGUUAUUUUUGGGAUUGUUCGAGAAAAACAAGAAUUACAAAUUCAAAGUAUCAUUGAUCAACUGAACAAUAUGUUAAACAUAGCUAUCACCGAAACUGAAAUAAAUAAUAUCUACACACUGGGAAAACAACUUGACAGUCCUAUAAAAAUCGAAUUCGUAUCAUUUCUUACAAAAUUAAAAGUAUUGAAAAAACUAAACAAGUUAAAAGGAAAAAGUAUAAAUAUUGCGCAAGAUCCUACAAGAGAGCAACAGGAAGAACAUAAAAUUUAA